AUGGCACCCAAUACAGCCAAGCGGAGCGCCGCUAAGGACGACGACUUCGUCCUGACGCUAUCCGACGACGAAGACAUUCCCCGUUUCGACGACGAAGAGAACGUGAACGAGUUCGAGGAUGAAGAUGGCAAGGCACCAUCUGCUGAUUCGAAGAAGCGCAAGCGCGAGGCCGACGCCCCCAAGGGGAAGAGCAAGAAGCUAAAGCAGCAAGCCAAGAACGCAAAGAACCAGAAGGACAAGGCCGACACUAUCGCCGAAGACGAGUCUGAGGAGGAGGAUGAAACGGUCGGAGCUGCUGAGGAUGACGGUGCCCUGAACCCCGACUUCGAGUUCGAUGUGGGUGGCGCGGCCAAUCGCGGCGUCACUGAAGGUUUUGAUGGCUGGGGUCUGGACGAGGCCAAGCAGAAUGGCGUCGGCGGUGACAAGAAGGCUGUUGAUAUUGACGACAUUAUCGAGCGGAGACAAGCAAAGAAAAACGCUGCCUCUCAGAAGAAGCAGAAGAAGCAGGUCCAAGAGGAGGAAAGUGCGUCUGAUGCUGAAGAUGCCGGUCCGGAAGUGGAUUUCGGGGACGAUGAGCUGAUGGCCGAUGACGCCUUUGGCAUGGGCGCUGAUGGCGAGGAGGAGGAAAGUGAGGCUGAGGGCCCCGAGGUUGGCUCUGGGCCGGAAGACGAUGAAGAGGGAUCAGACGAGGAGGGGGAGGAGGACGAGGAUGAGGACGAGGACGAUGCCGCAUCCGAUAACGACUCCGUUGCUACCCCCGUUGGCCACCCCGAUGACAUUGGCUCCGAUCGUGAAUCUGAUGUCGAAAGUGAGGUUGAUGCUGAGGAGCAAGAGAAGCGGAAAGCCUUCUUUGCUCCCGAAGAAAAGAUCGACGACAAAGCCGCCGCAGCGAAGAGUACAUUCCAAGACUUCAACCUUUCUCGUCCGAUUCUGCGAGGCUUGGCCUCCGUUGGAUUCACAGAUCCUACUCCUAUCCAGCGCAAGGCCAUCCCCGUGGCACUCCUGGGCAAGGACAUCGUCGGUAGCGCCGUGACCGGUUCAGGAAAGACUGGUGCUUUCAUCGUCCCCAUUCUGGAACGUCUGCUCUUCCGACCUCGCAAGGUUCCUACGAGUCGUGUUACUAUUUUGAUGCCCACUCGUGAACUUGCGGUGCAAUGUUACAAUGUCGCAGUUAAGCUUGCUACUUUCACCGAUGUCACAUUCUGUCAGCUUGUCGGUGGUUUCAGCCUUCGCGAGCAGGAGAACAUUCUCAAGAAGCGUCCCGAUGUCAUCAUUGCCACUCCUGGUCGUUUCAUUGAUCAUAUGCGCAACUCGCCCAGCUUCACCGUUGAUACUCUGGAAAUUCUGGUUCUGGAUGAAGCCGAUCGAAUGCUUGAGGACGGAUUCGCGGAUGAGCUGAACGAGAUUUUGACGACGAUCCCCAAGUCGCGCCAGACCAUGCUGUUUUCUGCCACGAUGACAGAAUCGGUCGACAAGCUUGUUCGUGUCGGCAUGAACCGGCCGAUGCGUUUGAUGGUGGAUGCCAGGAAGCAGACUGUCGGUACCCUGACACAAGAAUUCGUCCGUCUGCGUCCUGGUCGGGAGGACAAGCGUCUCGGAUGUCUCCUUCACCUGUGCAAGGAGAUCUACACGGGUCGGGUUAUCAUUUUCUUCCGACAGAAGAAGGAAGCGCACCGUGUCCGCAUCAUUUUCGGUCUGCUGGGCCUGAAGGCUGCUGAAUUGCACGGUAGUCUGAGCCAAGAACAGCGUAUCAAAAGUGUGGAGAACUUCCGUGACGGCAAGGUCGCUUUCCUUCUCUGUACGGACGUUGCGUCUCGUGGUCUGGAUAUCAAGGGUGUGGAGACCGUUAUCAACUACGAAGCCCCACAGAGCCACGAGAUCUACCUGCAUCGUGUCGGUCGUACGGCCCGUGCCGGUCGCUCCGGUCGGGCAUGCACCAUCGCCGCGGAGCCAGACCGAAAGGUCGUCAAGGCCGCCGUGAAGGCCGGCAAGGCCCAGGGUGCCAAGAUUGUCAGCCGUGUGGUUGAGAUCGCAGUGGCUGACGAGUGGGCCCAGAAGGCGGAAGAUCUUGCCGAUGAGGUCCAGGAGGUCCUGCAGGAGGAGAAGACCGAGAAGCAAAUGUCGCAAGCGGAGAUGCAGGUGAACAAGACCGAGAACAUCAUGAAGCACGGCCAGGAAAUCAUGGCACGACCCAAGCGAACAUGGUUCGAGACCGAGCAGCAGAAGCUGGCCGCCCGCAAGCUGGGUGCCACGGAGCUGAACGGACCCGGCGGCAAGUCGAAGAAGGACAAGGUCAAGCUCAGCAACAAGGACAAGAAGCGACUGGACGAUUCAAAGAUGCGGCACGAGGGCAACAUCGGGUGGAAGAAGGGCAAGGAGGAGCGCGAUGCUCCGAAGACGAGAGGCAAGGACAAGGGCAAGGGCAAGGGCAAGGGCAAAAAGGGAAGGAAAUGA